CUCGCAGCGCGCGUCCGGCUCGCGCGGGCCGGCGCCGGUGGCCGUGCGUUGACCCUUGUGCUGGCGUUGUGCCUCACGCCAGCCAGCCAGCCAACACGCGCUCCCCCGCACACAGGCAGCGUGCCGGCGUGCCUCGAUGCGGAGAGCUGCGAGCUCGAGCACGCCUCGCUUCGCGGCGCCCGCCUCAUCCUCGCGCCCGCCAGCGUUGCUCUGCUCAGCUCCACCAUCCCAGCACCCCUCAUCGCUCACCAUGACUGCGCACUUUCCCGACAUGCCGGAGGUCUGGCCGCUGCAGCAGCAGUCCGUCGAGGUGCCCGGCUCGCAGCAGCCCGGCUUCUCGCCCAUCAUCCGCAAUGCCGUCGUGCCCGAGCUGACGACGACCGAGACGUUCUACGACCUCUUUGCCAUCGGCCGCGACCGCAACCCCAGCGCCCACUACCUCGGCCGGCGCCCCUGGGACGCGGCGAAGCGCGACUUUGCGCCCCACUUCGAGUGGCUCACCUAUGCGCAGGUCGAGGAGCAGCGCACGGCCCUCGGCAGCGCCAUGAGCCAGCUGCAGAAGGACGGCGUGCUGGGCGACGGCUUCCCGGCCACCGACUGGACGCUGGCCACGUGGAUCCAGAACCGCCCGGAGUUCCAAAUCGUGGAGCACGCCGCUGCAGCGUACUCGCGCCGCACCGUCGGCCUGUACGAGUCGUACGACAAGGAGACGGCGCUCUACGUGCUGGAGCACUCGGACGCUCGCGUCGUGUUCACGACGUCGUCGCACGUGCCCGCGCUGCUCUCGGGCGCCGAGGAGAUUCCCAAGGUCAAGCUCAUCGUGCUGCUCGACGCGCCCUCGGGCCCGGCCACGGGCCCCGGCGAGCUGAGCCGCGACCAGCUGCUGCUGCAGUGGGCCAAGUCGAAGGGCAUCACGCUGUCGACGUGGGACGAGACGCUGGCGUACGGCCGUGCGCACCUCACGGCGCACAACCCGCCCAAGUCCAACGAGGAGAUCCUCGGCUUCUGCUACACCAGCGGCACGACGGGCAAGCCCAAGGGCGCGCUCGUGGCGCACCGCCAGGUCGCCAUCGCCGCCGCGUCGACGUCGCUCUUCUUCAAGGACCCCAAGGUGAUGAUCUCGUACCUGCCGCUGGCGCACAUCUACGAGCGCGUGCUCGAGUGUCUCAUCACGCGUCUCGGCGGCGCCAUCGGCUACUUCAGCGGCGACGUGCUGCGCCUCAUGGAGGAUGCCCAGGUGCUCAAGCCCGAAAUCUUCCCCGGCGUGCCGCGCGUCUUCAACCGCAUCGCCGCGCAGAUCCAGGCGCAGGCCGACGGCCCGGGCCUCAAGGGCAAGCUCCUCACCACGGCCCUCAACGCCAAGAUCGACUGGCACGACAAGACCGGCGAGGUCACGCACGCCUUCUACGACCGCCUCGUCUUCCGCAAGGUCCGCGCCGUCCUCGGCGGCCGCGUCGAGUUCAUGGUCAGCGGCUCGGCCCCGAUACGCCCCAACGUCCUCAAACUGCUGCGCGUCGCCUUCUCGGCGGACAUUCGCGAAGGCUACGGACAGACGGAGAACGCCGGCUCGUGCCUGAUCAUGUUCCCCGGCGAUAAGAACCUCGGCUCAUGUGGUCCUCCAGUGCCUGGCACCGCGCUAAAGCUGCGCGAUGUCCCUGAGCUGGGCUACACGUCGGCCGACAAGCCGUUCCGCCGCGGAGAGAUCCUCUCCAAGUCGAUGGCCAACACGCCCGGCUACUACAAGGACGAGGAGAAGACGCACGAGGCGCUCACGGAGGACGGCUUCCUGCGGACCGGUGACAUCGGCCUCAUCGACGAGUUCGGCCGCGUCAAGAUCAUUGACCGCGUGAAGAACCUCGUGAAGCUGAGCCAGGGCGAGUACAUUGCUCUGGAAAACGUCGAGCAGCUGUUCUCGAGCUCGAAGCUCGUGGCGCAGCUCUGGCUGUACGGCGACUCGACGGAAUCGCACCUUGUUGCGAUCGCCGUGCCAGACCCCGAGACCUUCGCCCCGUGGGCGUCGAAGAUCGUCGGCAAGGCUCUUGCACCCACGGACGUCGCCGCGCUCGAGACAGCAUGCCAGGACCCGGCCGUCGUCAAGGCAUUCCUCCUCGAUCUGGUGCGCGUCGGCCGCGAAGCCGGCCUCAAGGGCUUUGAGUUCCCUCGCGCGCUUCUCCUUCGCAUGGAGCCGUUCACCGUGGAGAACCAGCUCAUCACGCCAACUUUCAAGCUGCAGAGGCACAAGGCGAAGGUCAUCCUGGCAAAGGAGCUCCAGCACCUCUACAGCCUCCCGCCGGCCGAGAUCGGCAGCUCGAAGCUCUAGGCGCGGCUUCUUCACGUCUAGACAAGGCUUUCCGCACAGCACAAUGUACAAUUUAGGUGAUGGCUGUGAGGAAAGGGCUCAGGGAGGGUGGUGCGCGAGGAGGUCCGCGAGACGCGUCACGCGCGCCGCGCGGCGGCACUGCGCGCUGCGCCGCGCUCUGCAGCGGCCGCGCACGAGGUCCGUGCUGCUGCGCGCAUGUGGCGAGGUGCGAUGAAAGCAGA